UUCACUCUGUUUUGGAAUUUUGUGCAUGUUAGACGUUUGUAUGCCGCUUAUCCGUAACGUAUCGUCGUGCAUUGUUUGUUGUAAAGAAGUAAAAUAAUUUAUUGAAAAUAUAUCGUGAGAAGCUCAAUUAACGGUUUAUAUGAGAUUCAUUUAAUUAAAUUUGUAACAAAUUAAAGUGAAAUAAAAUAAUAUAAAAAUUUUUUAUAAAAAAAAUACUAAACAAAUGUAAAUGAAUAAUUUGACAAGUUUAUGCAAACAAGCUAAUAUUAGAAGUGUGCAAAAAAUCGUGUUAGAAAAUAGUGUACAAAACAGAAACAAAUAAAACCAUAAUAAAAUCAAGUGUUUUUUGUUGUGAGAAAUAUUCCUGUAUUUAAAUUUGGAUAUAAUAUUUGCAUUGGACUUAUGUGAGUGUUAUAAUAAAGUGUGUCGGAAUUAUAAUUUACACACUUUGACCUUUUUUGAAGCUGCCCUCCAUAUUUUUUUACAUUCAACAUUUGGAAAAAACUUCAAUUACUUGUCAAUUACUUUGGCUGGAAUUUAAUCCGUUUAAGAUUUAAAUUGGGCUCAAAGAUUUUUCGCAUAAACCUUAUUUGCGGGUUUCAAAAGAAAAACAAACCAGAAACUUCUUAAGUUAAACACUAGCAAAAUGAUGGCUUAUAUGGCUCCUAGACGACGUUUGGGCUCUAUAGGUGACUCAGCGCCUCCCUCGGAAUCAUCGGAAGGUACUAACUCCUCUGAAAAUCAUGAUAUGAUUUUAAACUCCGAAUGGUCUCAUGGCUCACAAAAUGGUGUUACCAAUCACAAUUCCAUGUUUCUUAAUUCGGAAGGUGAUACCGAUACAAUUAGUACGGAUACGGCCAGCAAUACGAUGUUAUCGGACUACGAAAGGGGACAAGUUGAAAGUUUUUUCGGUGGUUUGGGUACAGAAAUCUUUGUUAGUUCUUCGUUGGCCAAUCUCUAUGAGGGUACAGGUAAAGAUAAUGAUUGGCAUUUAGUAUUCACUGGUAUACCCGUAGUGUUGUACGAUCGUGGAAGUGCUCGUGCUAGAUCCAUACCUCGGGUUACCUUAGUCUUGGCUGAACGUGGUUCGUGUUUCGCUUUGUGGUCCGACCGUAUUGAUAACUUAUCAAACUAUCGUGUAGCUGGUCCCUCAUUUCAUACCAUGUGCUUAUCCAGCAAUCACCAACAAAUGAUUGGUUUUAGCUUUGAUUCCACUGAAUCCGCUCGAGAGCUGUGGCAGCAUAUGGAACGUUUGGUAAGUGAUCCCGAAAAUAUUGCGCUUUCUAUUCCCGGACGCAAAAAACAAAAGCAAAAACGCACUAAACCAGCACCUUUGCCACCCAAAGCACAAAUUUCCCAUCCAUGUCAAUUUCAUCACGUCACCAGUGUGACUAAAGAUGAUACGGAACGAUACUAUAGUAUGCAGGCCUUUGCCGCCAUGAGUCAGCGUUAAAAUAAUGGAUAUAAAGAAUAACAAGAUUGAACGAUUGUAUUUUAAAUCGUCAAAUCUAAAGGACAUUUAUAUUUAAUAGUUUUUAAGUACAAUUAAAUUAAUUAGUUUUAAUCAUACGAUUUCAACAAAUACAUUUACAUUGAAUGUGUGUAUCUAUGAAUGUGUUUUUUGUAUAAAUUAUUAUUAUCCAUGUUUUUCUUUGCGUUUUUGAUUCAAUUGAGAGAAGAAAUAUUUAUCUGUGAUAUAAAUACAAAUUAAUUUUAUUUGUUUUAAGUUGUUUUUUUACUUCAUUUUUAGUUUUGUUAAAUAUUGAAAUUUAGCAAAAAAUAAAAAAUACAUAAAGAAAACAAACAACUAGUUAAUACAUAACUUUUGAUUUGUUUAGUCUUAAGUUAAGUGUAGAAAAUUAAGUUUAUCGACCCUUGAAAAAAAGUUGUGCAAAAGCCAUGAAUUAUUUUUAAGUUGAUCCACUUAGAUUUUUUCACAAAAUGUUUUUAAAAUAUACUAAACAUUUAUAAUUAAGUCAGAUUAACGCAACUGAUAGUCGUUUUUUAAGAACAUUAUUCUAAUUAUAAUCUUUAUUUUUAUAAUCCAAUAAGUCAAUUUAUUUAAUAAGCUAUGAACAUCUAUUGUAACAAAAUAAAAGGUCACAUUAUAUAUUAAACUAUAAACUUAUAUAAUUAAACUUCUAACUAAAAUUUAA